GUGAACCGCUCGGGUUAUUAAUAAUUCACCAGCACUCCGCUCCGCUUCUCCGGCCGCGGCCGCAGGACACCGCACGUCCCCACCGGUGCGUGCGUGCAGCCGCGCCGCUUUUCCACUCUUGUUUACUUCAUUUUUGCUGCUCGUUGUCUUUCACAGGGACACGCUAGUUUCAUCUCCUUGUUACUAUUCAGCCUACAGACCGUCCCGACUGGCAUUGCCCUCCAGGUAUACCGCUGGUCCCAGAAACUCUGCUUUCGCGCUGCCACAUGGUGGAUUUUGUUUUGUCUCAUUUCGCCUGUUCUCUCCGCAACUUUCCCCGACACUGAGGAGCAGGUGGGAUCGCUGGACCCGGCGUGGUGCUCCGUAUUUCACCCCCAAGCAGAACCGGAGCAUGCACAAGGCGACGCGCGCGGUGUCGUCCCCUCUGCAGGAGCAACAGCUGAUUCUGUGAGCGCGUAAGCAUAAGAGUGCAAGCUACUUACUGUGGGUGCACAGCCAGACUCCUGCUCUGGCACUCGGGCUCAGACGGGAACUGUGUCGGUGGCGCAAAGCGCGAGUACUCGGUGGACAUUACGUUACCGGGACAGAUAAGGGAGAGAGUGAGCAGCGCGCGCGAACAUUGACGACUCUCAUGGAAAUAUCACGAGUUGAACCCGAAGAAAAACACCUUGUAUGAAAAAGUCGGGAAGCAGAUCUCUUGGAUUAUUCGGCGCUGAUCCUCCUUUGCCCGGACUGAGAAGAGUUGACCACAAAUUAAAAUAAAACAAUGUUUACCAUGCAGCAGGCCGUGUUUUAGGACUCUUUUGCUUCCGGUUUAAGGCCCAGCUGAACAAGAAACCGAGCGGAUUGCUCUCUCCCACACACUUUUUUUUUGGAAGCCGAACUUUUUGAGAGUGGAAAAUGGGUCUUUGAGAGAGUUGGCACAUCUCCACACACCACAAUGGCAACCGAAACCUUUCUGUUGAACGAAGAACCCUCCAGAGGUCCUGGGAUGCCUGAAUGCUUUGUAGUAUCAGAUUCAUACAGGUAUUACCCUACUCACCUUCUAAACAAUGCCUUAGUGGAUGAAUUUCAUCCCUUCAUUGAGGCCCUCCUCCCCCAUGUACGUGCCUUCUCCUACACCUGGUUCAACCUGCAGGCCCGUAAGCGCAAGUACUUCAAGAAGCACGAAAAGAGGAUGACCAAGGAUGAAGAGCGUGCAGUGAAGGAUGAGCUGUUGGGAGAGAAGCCGGAGAUCAAGCAGAAGUGGGCCUCGCGUCUGCUGGCAAAGCUGCGCAAGGACAUCCGGCCUGAGUUCCGUGAGGACUUUGUGCUCACCAUCACAGGGAAGAAGCCCCCCUGCUGCGUCCUGUCAAACCCUGACCAGAAAGGCAAGAUCCGACGAAUCGACUGCCUCCGCCAGGCUGACAAGGUGUGGCGGCUGGACCUAGUGAUGGUCAUCCUGUUCAAAGGCAGCCCCCUGGAGAGCACGGAUGGAGAGCGGCUGGUCAAGUCGCCCCAGUGCUCCAACCAUGGCCUGUGUGUCCAGCCGCACCACAUUGGAGUGACGGUCAAGGAGCUGGACCUCUACCUGGCCUACUUCGUCCACACACCAGAACAAUCAGGACAAUCAGACAACUCAAACCAGCAAGGAGACACAGACGUCAAGCCCCCACCGAAUGGCCACUUGAGUUUCCAGGACUGCUUUGUGACUUCAGGGGUGUGGAACGUAGCGGAGCUGGUUCGCGUGUCACAGACCCCAGUUGCUACAGCAACUGGCCCUAACUUCUCCUUGGCUGACCUGGACAGCCCUGGCUACUACAACAUCAACCAGGUGACCCUGGGACGGCGCUCCAUCACCUCCACCCCCUCUACCAGGACUGAAAUGGAGCUUUAUGCAAGUCUCCCACGGAGCUCCAACAAGCGCAAGUCUAUUGACGAUAGUGAGAUGGAGAGCCCGGUGGACGAUGUCUUCUACUCAGGCCGCUCCCCGGCGGCUGGCAGCAGCUCUCAGUCCAGCGGUUGGCCUAAUGAUGUGGAUGCAGUGCAGCACCAUUUGGCCAGUGUGCAGGAGAGGAAGAUUAAGCAUGAGAACGAUGGAGUGCAGUUUCCUUACCAUGGACUCUCAUCGCCUAGUUCUCUUAAGAAGCCGGGGAAAUUCGAUUUCAGCGCCCUGUCCUCCCAGACGAGGUCCCCCCGCAUGGCGUUCACCCACCACCCACUGCCAAUGCUGGCGGGAGUGAGACCAGGGAGUCCCCGUGCUUCAGCUUCGGCCCUGCACUUCCCGUCUCCUUCCAUCAUCCAGCAGUCUAGCCCCUACUUCACCCACCCAACCAUCCGCUACCACCACCACCCUGGACAGGAUCCCCUGAAGGAAUUUGUGCAGUUUGUCUGUGCUGAUGGCUCAGGGCAGUCCGCUGGACAGCCAAACGGGAGCGGCCAGAGCAAAAUGCCAGGCUCCUUCUUGCUGCCUCCACCUCCCCCAGUGGCCCGCCCAGUGCCCCUCCCUAUGCCCGACUCUAAACCCAACAGCACGCCCCCUGACGGCGGACUCUCCUCGCCCGCAUCUCCGUCAUACUCCACGCCAGGCGCAACAGCUCCCAACAGGUUUGUCGGCAUCGGAUCACGGGACAACAACUUUCUGAACAUCCCGCAGCAGACACAGUCUUGGUUCCUCUGACAAGACCUGUGUACAAACCAGCAACUAGAAUUCUUUCUUUACAAUCCGAAAUAGAAAACAGAGAAACAGCCCGGGGAUAAUAAUUGUCCUCAAACAAACCCACUGACCAGCCCUGACAGAACGUCUCACCUGAUACAAAAUAUAACCAAGCAACGCAGGAAAUUUCAGCAGCAUAAUGCUUAUAGAAGAACUCUGGACUCAUUUACCCAGUCAGAGGGAGGACCCGUUUGGAGCAAAGGAGGAUAGAUGGAAAGAUGAAUGGAUGGACAAGAGAAUGCCAGGAUAAAGAAGGAAUGAGGGGACAAAUGGCAGCGAGCAGGCAUCUCACCUGAAACCAGCAGAACACAGCAGUAACACAGGAGGAACUUCAAGAAGUGAAAGUGGUCAACCUCUCCUUACUUUGUGACGACAUGUUGUGUAAACGAAUGGCUGAGAAAAUCAACUGUCCGACCAAAAACAAACAAACAAACAAACAGAUUUAACGUUUCAGCUCCAAAGCUUCACCGAUAAUGAAUCCACAGCCUGAGCAAAGCAAAAGGCACAAUUUGGUUUCCAAUGAAAGCUGCAGUCCACGCUCCUGUGAUGUUUGUCAUCACCAAAACAAAAUCGAAUUAACCAUUGUUUAUGUCCCUCUUUAUGACUCCAUAAAGUCCCCUUACCCAACUACUAACUACAGAGAGACCAUGCCAAAACUUGUGUUGUUAAAAGGUUGCACUAGACGCUGAAUCAAUUAACACUAAUCUAAACGAUGUGCACUAUUUACCUACAAGGCAUGGGAGGUAAACCACACUUGUCUAUUGAGAGUUUUAAAGAGGAAACACAGAGGUACAAGAAGCCUUCGUGUGUACUCGAUCCCCAUACUUCAGUUUGACAAAUCAUUGGCCUCCACUUAUUCACACUCACACACACAUACACACACACACACACCCCUCGCACGACACACACAAAGAAAGAUCAUGCAAUCUGUGCCAUGACCACAUCAUGUACAGCGUGUUUAAGUGGUAACACACAGUUACCUUGUCAGACCUUCUAGAUUGUAGUAGUCAUAGGUGGUGGUGUUGUGUCAUUUUUACAUGGAAACAGUUAAGCCCAGUGAACUCUUGCUACCUAUUUAAUUAGAUAUCCCAAUAUCACACAAACGUACACACUGAAAACCACAGUGUGAGUACAUCAUUACUGACAGUUUUCACGACUAUAGACAGCAGCUACCAGUUCCCCCUUUUCCCUUGUGUAAUUAAGCUGAAUGAUUUUGUUAUCUCUUGUGUAUUCUCUUAUUUGAAUUUAUUCCUUUUUGGAUUUGUACUAUUUUGUAAUUGUUUUGUAUUUGAAUGACAGCACCUUAAAGAGAAACACAGCGGGAGUUGGGAAGUUGAAGCGGCGUAAACAGGGUGGUUGGCUGACCUUUGUCCAGUAGUACAUGCAAAAACCUUUUCUGUAAAAGUAAGUCAUUUGGGGAAAUAUGUUGUAUUUGUUGAGAGCUGGAUGAGAAGAUUUGUACCCAUCCUAUGUCUGCACGUUAAGUGGGAAGCUACCACCAGGUCGGCUGAGUUUAGCAGAGGGACAGCUAGCCGGGGUCAGUACAGAGGUCAUGAAAUCAGCAAACUAAGCACCUCUAAAGCUAAUGUGCUCACCAUGCAACUUCUGCUUUAAACUUGCCUUGUGUGAGGAAGAUGCUGAAGAUGGUGUGAACACAGCCUUAGACCUGCUGGUUUGCAGAUUUUAUUGAUCUGUGCACAGUAUUUUUUUCUAGGCUGAGCUAACUGGCUGCCUGGGAUAGCUUUGUAUUUCACACACAUCCAUGAGAAGGAUAUCAAUUUUCUUCUCCAGUUCUCAGUGAAUCAAUGAUAAUAUGUAUUUCCUAGAGUGUCAAAUGGGUUGAUUUAUUUGUUGCCAGUGCCAGACAAUGAAGGGUUUGACAAUCACAGAAAGCUUUUUUUCUGAGCACUUACCUGACAAUGAAGCUAGCCAAAUCUGCUAUACCGCCGCGAUACGACUGGUGACUGGUGGUGGUGAGUUACGAGUGAAAGAGGAUUAGCAUUGAGGACAGAAGGUUGCUGAAGAUACGACCCAGCGUUAAAGAGAGAGUAGCUCUUCUUUCUGUCUCCUUAAAGUUUACCCUGUUGUUUACACUCCCAGACGGGCCGCUGCUCCAAGAGCAGAGGGAGCCACACUGUGGAGCAAAAUGAAUAUGUGACAUAUCUGGUUGUUUUUUGAGAGGAAGAGAGGGCCUUUAAGGCCAGCAGUAGGAGGAUCACCCAUG